UCACUGCUCGUCUUCUUCCCACUUCCACCUCUCGUGCUCGAGCCCGCGAGCACCCGACCUAUACGUCGCCUCCAAUACUCCCAACAGCACCUGGGUUUUUCCGAAACCCUAGUACUCCUUCAUGGACCAAAACGACGCCGAGCUCGACUUCCACGCCGCCGACUUCCACCAACUGAUCGACCAGCCCGGCAUCGAGAUGCCAUCCCUCCACGAGGACGAGGCGCCGGAGGCUCCGGUUGAGCUCUCUUCGCAUUUCGACGAGGCCGAGUAUGGAGAAUCGCUUCAGGGAGCUCCCAAUAUGGGCAACCCGCCCCUCUCCUCUUCUGAUGAUGUAGCUCCAGCUUCUGAACCUGCGGAUGAAGUGGUUUUAACCGAAGAGGUUUCUGCUAGUGUGGCUUUGGAUGCUGAGACGAUGAUUGCGGUAGAUGAUACCGUGGUGGCCGCCAUGACUGAAACGGGGAAUACCGUCUGUGUCGCGGUGGAGGAAAACUCCACGGUGAUGGUGGAAGUGGUGGAUAGUGGCCCUGUUAAGCGGAAGCGAGGGCGGCCGCGGAAGAAUCCUGAGGCGAAGGCGCCGCCGCCGGUGAGGAAGAAGGAACGGGAGGAUGUCUGCUUCGUUUGCUUCGAUUCGAGGAAUCCGAAUCUCGUGGCUUGUAACAGGAGAGGGUGUUACAAAGCUUAUCAUCCUACUUGUGUGAGUCGGGACGAUGCUUUCUUCCGUUCAAAGGGAAAAUGGAACUGCGGUUGGCACAUAUGCAGUACCUGCCAAAAAGCUGCUCAUUAUAUGUGCUACACGUGCACAACUUCUUUUUGCAAAGAAUGUGUUAUUGAUGAAACUAAAUAUGUUUGUGUAAGAGGAACUUAUGGAUUUUGUCAGAGCUGCCAUAAUACUGUGACUCUGAUAGAGCUAAACAAACUUGCCUUUGAGAAGAAGGAUGGCUUAGAAUUUGACGAUACGGAUAGUUUCACCUAUUUGUUUAAAGCUUAUUGGUUGGAUCGGAAAGGAAAAUUGUCAUUGACACCUGAAGAACUGAAUAAUGCCAGACACCCAUAUUCAGUUGUUCCUGAUGAGGAUUCAUCUGAUGAAUUAUAUGACGUUAAUGAAGAUCAGGGUUCUACUUCAGAAAGUUCAUCAGAUCAUAAGAGCAACAUUUCAUCAAAGAAGAAAGUCAGAAGUCGUUCGCUGGCGGUUGCUGUUGAAAAAAAUCCUGCAAAAGAAGUUGAUGGUGGAGGAACAGUAAUGCUUCAGGAAACUGUUUGGGCUUCAAUGGAGCUCUUAGAGCUUGUGGCACACAUGAGGAAUGGAGAUCAAUCUUUUAUAUCUCAAUUUGAUGUUCAGGCACUGCUUCUUGACUAUAUAAAGAAAUAUAACCUUAGAGAUCCUCGCCGGAAAAGUCAAAUUAUUUGUGAUUUGAGACUUCGAAAUCUCUUUGGGAAAGAAAGAGUAGGUCAUUUUGAAAUGCUGAAGCUACUAGAAUCACAUUUUCUUUCAAAGGAGGCACCACAAGUAGUUGAAGAUGGUAAUCAAGUGGAAACUUCAGAUACUGAUAAUAAACUAACUGAUGAUGUUGAAGAAGAUGAUACAUUUGCAAGAGUAGUUACUGAUAAGAGACGGAAAAGCCGUAAAAGAACUGAAGAGAUAGAACCGCAGAUGAAUGUUGAUGAUUAUGCAGCAGUUGACGUUCAUAACAUAACCCUUAUUUUCCUGCGCCGAAGCUUGCUGGAGGACUUGCUAGAUGAUGUUGAGACAUUUAAUGAUAAAGUUGUUGGGUCCUUUGUGAGAAUUAGGAUAUCGAAUGCUGGUCAAAGGCAAGACUUGUAUAGGCUCGUGCAAAUUGUUGGAACUCAGGAAAGCUCAAAACCAUAUAAGGUUGGUAAGAAGACAACAGAUAUCGUGCUGGAGAUACUAAAUUUGAACAAGAAAGAGACGUCAACAAUUGAUAGUAUCUCAAACCAGGAUUUCACAGAGGAGGAGUGCCAACGGUUGAGACAGAGCAUUAAAUGUGGGCUUAUUGAUCGACUAAAAGUUGGUUACAUUCAGGAGAAAGCCAAGGCUCUGCAUGCUGUGAAAGUCAAUGAUUCAAUUGAAGCUGAAAAGUUGCGGCUUAGCCAUCUCCGUGAUCGUGCAAGUGAAACUGGCCGCAGAAAAGAGCUUAGAGAAUGUGUAGAAAAGUUGCAGCUUCUGAACAAUCUGGAAGAGCGUCGAAGAAGAUUGACCGAAAUUCCUCAAAUACAUGCUGAUCCAAAGAUGGAUCCAGAAUAUGAGUCUUCAGAGGAAGGGGAAGAUGAUAAAAAUCAAGAUUACCAGAUUAGAUCUAAGGAAGUUUUAUCUCUGAGAAAGAGAAGAGAGUUGAUUCCUCGUGGAAGAGCAGGUAUAUUAGGAAAUAACUGGAAUGGCAUGAAUAAAAAUCAUAAUUUCAACCGUGAAUCAAGCAGAAGAAUGCCGGGUGAAAAUUGGCAAGAUAGAUCGGACAUGUAUAACAAUAUGGCUGAAAGACCAAAUGAAGUUCUGUGGAAUCAAAGCAAAGAGCUGUACCAAAUCGAGGGCAGUUUUAAUGGUCUUCAGAGUCCUAGUCAGGGAAACUUCACUCAAAAAUCUUUAGAACGGCAAUCACAUGGUUCUGCUCCUGAAGUUAACUUGGUGACUCCUGAAGGUUCUUUGCCAUCUAUUACAAAUGAGGUUGACAAAAUUUGGCACUACCAAGAUCCAUCUAUGAAUAUCCAAGGACCAUUUUCACUAUCACAAUUGCGCAAGUGGAAUACUACUGGAUAUUUCCCACCUGAUAUGAAAAUAUGGAGAACUUCUGAGAAGCAGGAAGACUCCAUAUUAUUGGCUGAUGUACUAGUUGGAAGAUUUUAUAAAGACCCAUCUCAGCUGGUCACACAGCAUGGCAGCUUUCCAGAUCAGCCUGCGUGGGUAGACAGCCAACAGACCAGAGGCAAUUGGAAUGCACAUCAAAAUAUGAAGCAACAAACUUUAGAAGGUUUGUCUGCACAGCCACCUGUAUGGUCUUUAACUGGAGUUGAAAUAUCUAAUUCUUCUGAGGGAAAGCCAGCUGGCACAUACUCUAGCAUCUGGUCCGGCAACCCCAGACCUGCUGGCCCAAUAUACAAUAAUCCAUAUCAUAUUCCAAUCUACCAAGAAGCAGGGAGAGGAGGAAAUGGCAAUGGAUGGAACCAGGAACAGGAUUAUGGGAAUAUCUGGAGUCCAACUAGGCCCAGUGUUGGGAUGCCUAGCGAAAGUCAAAAGGUUGAAGACAAUCUUACUUCAGAUCCCUCCAUUGUCACUGCUAGUACCAGUGCCAAUGAACUACAUGGUCGUAUGAACAAAUAUCAAUCCUAUGAAACUGAUUGUCCAAGUCCAACUCCUAGAACUGAGAGGAAGGAAUCUUUCAUUCGGCAUGAUGAACCAGGCCCUUCCAAGAAUAGACCUGAAACACUUGUAGGCAGCAUGGCUGUUAAUCAUGGGCCUGCGGCCACUACUCUCGGAAUAUUGGACUCGUCUUUGGCCGCCCAUCCAACUCAUCCUUCUUUUCCUUCAAAUAGUAUCUUUGAAUCAUCAAAUACAGCUUCAGCUGUGGGUUUUACAGACAAAAUUCCUGGCAAUGGCAUGCAAAAGAUGGACGGUACAAAAUUUGUAUCUUCUCCAGUUGCGGUUACAGGUGAUGAUAUAGGCAGUGGGCAUGCUCAGAGGUUAGAAUUAUCUUCUAUUCAGAAAAUAGAUACUGGAUUCCAAGAAAUUGCUCAUGCUUCUGUUCAGAAACAAUUCACAGGUGGUUCAAACCUCACUCCAUCAUUACAUGGAAUGGAGCAUAAUCAAUCUCAAAAUCCUGAUUCAAAUUUCUCACCUAUUCAUCAGGUGAACCCACAAAAGGCUAGUGAAGUGGAGUCUUCCCUUCCAUCUCCUACUCCUAAAAGCAGUAAGAAUACUUGGGGAGUUGACGCUUCAAGUGCAUCCAGUAAUGUAUCCUCCGAAAACCAAAAAUUACCAACGGUACAAAAUGCUAAUACAUCUUGGGUUGGGGCGCCGCAAGGAAAUGCCGGCUGGGUCACACCGGCAUAUGUGAAUGCGAAUGCUAGUACAGGUUGGGGGACACUGAGUCAGGGGAAUUCAAAUACAAAUACAGGUUGGGGGCCAACUGCUACUCAGGUGAAUGCAACUGCAAAUACAGGUUGGGGUACUCUGAUACCAAAUGCAAAUACAGGUUGGGUUGCACCUGUUCAGGUUAAUGCAAAUGCAAAUAUUGGUUGGGGUUUACCUGUCCAGUUGAAUGCAAAUACAAAUACAGGUUGGGGAACUGCCGCACAAGGAAAUGGCUGGGGCGCGAGCUCGACUACCGGGCUGGGAAACUCGAACCCUGUUGCAGCUGGGGAAGCUGUUCCAAUGCAUGACAAUGAUGCCAGUGUGAGAGCUGGCUGGGGAUCAGCAUAUGGGAGUAGAAACGAGUUCUGGAAAUCAUCCGAUAGAGAUUCUAGCCGGCGUUCGGACUACGAAGGCCGCAAUGGCGAUGGCUAUUCUCAUAACAGAGACAGAGAUAUUGGUCGCCGCGGCGGGAGUGAUUUCAGGAAUAGCAGGGCACAAUCAGAUGGCAGAGGUUCAUCAAGGCCCCAUCAAGCUUUUACUGGAGGGGAUGGACACAGAGGAGUCUGCAAAUUUUAUGAGGGUGGCCAUUGCAAGAAGGGGAGAUCAUGUAAGUUUUUGCAUAAUGAUCUAAGGCGAGACAUUUGAUAGCUCUGUCUUGUACAGUAUAAUUAUCUUAGAUCGGCUGCAGGCAUGAAAGCUUUAUUUUAUCAUACAAGUAACUUUUUUUCUGUAUGUUCCUUUAGUUUUAUUUCGUAGCUUCUCUAAUUUUCUCCUGUAUCCGUCGCCAAUAAGAAGAGAUGCAGAGUUUUU